AUUGCUGAUAGAGCAGCAGCAGAAGCAGGAGAGAUCCAAACUAAACCUGUUUUUUAGAUUCUAAACUUAUAAUCUCUGUUAUCAGAUACUGGGUCCAUAAAAGCCCUUGUUACCGUCAACUCGUUCUCAGUUGGAAAUAAUUUUGACAUUCAUAAUGGCUUCAACUUCUCCAGUUUUCUUGCGUUUGAUGGCUAAUGCUGUUGCUGUUGCAAAUCAUGCAGGCAACAUCAUCCGUGAAGUGAUGAGUAAAGGGGACCUUGGUAUUGUUGAAAAGGGAGUGGAUGACCCACAAACUGAAGCUGAUCGCAGAGCACAGCUGUGUAUUAUUGGAAACUUGAACAAAAAGUUUCCCUUGAUGAGUAUUAUUGGAGAAGAGGAUCUUGCCCAAGAAUCCAAUGUAGAACUAGUCAAUGAUAUUGACAAAGAGGUUUUAAAUCUUCGAUGCCCAGAAGAACUUGUGAAUGUUACAGAAGAAGAUUUUGUUGUGUGGGUGGAUCCUCUUGAUGGAACAGCAGAGUAUACAGCUGGUAUGCUGGACCAUGUAACAGUGUUGAUUGGAAUUGCCCACAAAAAUCGUCCCGUCGGAGGAGUUAUCCACCAGCCAUACUACAAUUACAAGAAUGACAAAGCAGGACUAGGUCGUACGAUGUGGGGUAUCCCUGGAAUUGGUGUUGGUGGAUUUAAACCAAUUCCACCUCCAGAGGGUAAACGACUUGUCGUAACAACACGCUCUCAUAUGACACCUGUAGUUCAACAAGCCCUGGAGGCCUUAAAACCCGACGAAAUUCUGAGAGUCGGAGGAGCUGGAUACAAGGUUAUGCUGUUGAUGGAAGGCCAUGCCACUGCUUACGUGUUCGCCUCACCUGGUUGCAAAAAGUGGGACACCUGCGCUCCUGAGGCUAUUUUGACCGCAAUGGGCGGUCGACUUACUGACAUUCACGGAACUCCUUACUCGUACGCUUCAACAGAGAUGCACCCCAAUAAACGUGGUGUUCUGGCCGCUGCUAAAUCUGAUGACCACAAAUGGUUUGUCGAAAAUAUUCCAGAUGAAGUUAAACAACUUGUCCAAGGCUCCUAACUAACAAAUCACUUCCGAAAUCAAUUGCCCUUCCACGUUAUAUUCCAUUCAAAAGUUUUCCAAAGAACUUCUGUUAUCUGUUCUUGCUAGUAGGUUAAAUUUCUUAGUAAAACAAAUUAUUAGUUGAACGACAAAAGCAAAUUCUUGCCUAACGAAAAACGAUGUCUAGUCCUCUUUUCUCGUUGGGAUGCUUUAAUUUGAUGAUAUUUGCGGUUUGUUGCACCGACUGCCCAUUUUAUUUACUUCCAAAGCUGUUUUAUGUUUUCUAUAAUUUAUGGAAUACAUUUUAGAGAAUUACUAACAAA